GCCUUUUCCAGUUGGCCUCAUUGUGAAGCCUCUCAGCAAGCUGAAUGUAUUCCGCCCUGGCCUUCCGCAGAGCUUGUCUCUUAUCCCAAGCUCCUCCCUCUCCAAGACACUGUUCAUAGAACUGGGAGGUUGUGUUUCCCUUGGUUCCUGAGGGCUUUGAGCCCGCCCCAAUACUUUCACAAUCUCCUUGUACAGAUCAUGCACAUUUACAUACAGCCUUUCCUUCUGCCUACAAGAGCAGCACCGCCAGAGGAGAAAGCAUGACUUCACCAGAAGAUUACCUUCGGCAGGACUGGAGGAUAGUCCAUGACAUUCCAAUGGUCUGCGCAUUUUCCUACCACUGGGAAAGGAUUGACAACUUCCAGAGCAGGCCAGAUGACAUCGUGAUAGCCACGUACCCCAAAUCUGGCACUACAUGGAUGAGUGAAAUUGUGGACAUGAUUCUGAACGAUGGAGAUCCUGACAAAUGCAAGAGGGAUGCAAUUUUCAACAAAGUGCCCAUGUUGGAAUUUGCUGCCCCUGGAAAGAUGCCACCAGGUACAGAGAAACUGGCCGAGAAGUCAUCUCCUCGUUUAGUGAAAACCCACCUCCCAGUCCAGCUCCUUCCAAUGUCCUUCUGGGAAAAUGGCUGCAAGAUGAUCUAUGUUGCCCGAAAUGCCAAAGAUGUAGCUGUCUCCUUCUACCAUUUUGACCUGAUGAACAAGCUGCAUCCAGACCCCGGCACGUGGGAGCAAUACAUUGAGAAAUACAUGGCAGGCAGAGUUGCGUAUGGUUCCUGGUAUGACCAUGUGAAAGGCUGGUGGGAGAAGAGAAAGGACCAUCCCAUUUUAUACCUGUUCUAUGAGGACAUGAAAGAGGAUCCAAAGCGUGAAAUUCGCAAGGUGAUGCAUUUCCUGGGGAAGGAUCUGAAGGAAGAGGUUCUGGACAGGAUCGUCUAUCACACUUCAUUUGAAAUGAUGAAAGAGAAUCCCACCACAAAUUAUAAGAUGAUCCCAAAGGAUGUUAUGGAUCAAAGCAUCUCCCCUUUCAUGCGUAAAGGGAUUGCUGGGGACUGGAAGAAUCACUUUACUGUGGCCCAGAAUGAGACAUUCAAUGAAGAUUACGAGAGGAAAAUGGCUGGGACCAACCUGCAGUUCCGAACAGAGAUCUGAAGGAGCCUGGCAUCUUAGUGCUGUAGUUCUAAUACACGGUUCUCUGUCGUUUCUGUUGAGAAUAGCUUCCCCCCCCCCACCUCCUUUCUUCAACUAGAAGUAGUACACUGAGAAGUGUCUGUGCCCUGGUGAUGGUCAGACACUUGAACCCGGAGUCUUGGGCCAUCUAGACCAUGGUGCAGUUACACUCCAGAGCAGAGGAAUUGUUCCAAGAGUCUAGGGCCACGUCUAUACUUACCCGCCGGGUCGACGCGGCGAGUUCGACUUCUCGGAGUUCGAACUAUCGCGUCUGAUCUAGACGCGAUAGUUCGAACUCCGGAAGCGCCGCGGUCGACUCCGGUACUCC